AUGCGCUCCGUGCUCAAAUUAUUUAACUUGUGGCAGACAGUGGCACUUGUGCGGGUGGUGCUGCCCAGAGUAAUACUAUCGAUUGUCGAUCGUCCUGCUGAAGUACUCCGUAACUUUUGGGGGGGGGAUCUACGCAGUACAGUAGUAGAUACUGUUGGCGGAUGGUCGACCUCGUGGAUUUCAUUUCCAACUUCGGAUAAGGGCUGCUUCUUCAACUGGUCUGUGACCUUUCAUUCUGAACCAGAAUUUAGACUGAUGCAUGGAAUAUUCCAGAUGGAUUUACCGGACAAGGACCAAGUAAAGUGUACACAGUACGAGUGUAUGUGCACUGACACUUGCACUGACACUGCAUGUUAUGAUAAUGCCAGUGCUAUUGUGAGUGACAGACAGACAUAUCAAUCACUCACUCACUCAAUCAAUCAAUCCAUCAGUCAUGUUCUGUGGCUGUCCGUCCGUCAUGGGGCCGAAUCCUUCGCGCUGGGUCAGAGCAUACCUACAUAG